CUCGCUGGAGAAGCGCCGCCGCCUCCCUCCUCCUCCUUUCUUAGCAACGAACUCAACGCCCGCGCUUACGAGUCUUAUUGGGUUUUGACUGGAAUGCCAAAAAUGGAGGUAAAUUAUAGAGCAGAGGAGGCGAUUGCAGGUAACAGCAGAGCUCUAGAAGCACUGAGGGAACUCAUUAUUUACCCUUCUCUAUAUGCCAAUGAGGCUCGCAAGCUCGGCAUCAUGUGGCCCAGAGGAUUGCUUCUCUACGGCCCGCCCGGCACCGGAAAGACAACUUUAGUCCAAGCUGUUGUCCGAGAGUGCAAUGCACAUCUUACUAUGAUCAACCCGUAUUCUGUUCACAAAGCACAUGCUGGAGAAAGCGAGAAAUUUCUCCGGGAAGCAUUCUCCGAAGCUUACUCCCAUGCGUUAUCAGGGAAACCUUCUGUUAUUUUCAUAGAUGAAAUUGAUUCUAUAUGCCCUCGCCGUAACAAUAGGAAGGAACAAGAAUCUCGCAUAGUUGGUCAGCUUCUGACCCUGAUGGAUGGAAGUAAAACUACGUCAAAAUCUCUACCACAUAUUGUCGUUGUGGCAUCAACUAACAGGGUCGAUGGGAUUGAUCCUGCACUUAGGAGGCCAGGGCGCUUUGAUUCUGAAAUUGAAGUCACAGUACCUACGUUGGAGGAGCGAUAUCAAAUUCUUGAGCUCUAUGCAAAGGAUCUUCAGUUGAAUGAUGAUGUUGACCUGCAAGCUAUAGCUGCAUCUUGCAAUGGCUAUGUAGGUGCUGAUCUUGAAGCCUUAUGCCGAGAGGCUACUAGGUUUGCAUACCGAAGGUUAUCAGAUACUGGUAAGGAUGACAACAUAAUUAAGUUAAAAAUGGAAGAUUGGGAAUGUGCAAGAACUGAGGUUGGUCCAAGUAUGACCAGGGGUGUCAGUAAAGAAUUCAAAAUGGUUACAUGGGAUGAUAUUGGAGGACUUAAAGAUUUGAAGAAAAAGCUUCAGCAGGCCGUUGAGUGGCCUAUCAAGCAUGCAGAUGCAUUUGCUAGACUAGGAAUUUCUCCGGUACGUGGGGUUCUUCUACACGGACCACCUGGAUGCUCGAAGACAACACUUGCUAAGGCUGCAGCUCAUGCUGCUCAAGCUUCUUUCUUUUCUUUAAGUGGUGCAGAAUUGUAUUCAAAAUAUGUUGGAGAAGGGGAAGCACUGUUACGUAGAACUUUUCAGAAAGCACGUCUUGCAGCACCGAGCAUUGUAUUCUUUGACGAGGCUGAUGCAAUUGCUCCAAAGCGUGGUCAUGGUGGAGAUUCGAGUGGCAAUACCUCUGUUGGCGAGAGACUACUUUCAACCCUGCUGACCGAAAUGGAUGGCCUAGAACAGGCAACGGGAAUUAUCGUAUUGGCUGCUACAAAUCGUCCUCAGGCAAUUGAUGCUGCACUCAUGCGUCCUGGCCGCUUUGAUUUGGUAUUGUAUGUGCCACCACCGGACCAAGAAGGACGUUAUGAGAUACUAAGGAUCCACACAAGGAAAAUGAAUCUGGGGGAAGAUGUGGAUCUUAUGCAAGUAGCAGAGUGCACCGAUCUCUUCACAGGUGCAGAUCUAGAAGGUUUAUGUACUGAAGCAGGCAUGGUUGCUCUCAGAGAAGACAUAAGUGCUGGUAUUGUAUUUGAUCGUCAUUUUCAAACUGCUCGAAAUUCAUUGAGACCCUCAUUAACAAAGUCUCAAAUAGAGGAAUACUCCUUGAUAAAGUUCCGUCGCUGAGAUCACCAUUAGGAUGUAGGAUUGGAUUCUUCAGAUAUAUGGAUUCCUGCCCUUUCUUAAAUGUUGGUACUGGAGAAAGUUUUUUUUUUUUUUUUUUUUUCCUUUUAAUUGAAUAUCCAAUGUUAUUCCCCGUCUUAUUUAUUUGCUGUCGUUGGUCCGUGGUGUUGUAUGUCAUGUUUCCAACAAUUUUGCCCAAUAUUUUUGUGCUAUCCCCCGUCUUUUUUGUUUAUUGAUGUAAUGGCUCGUUUUGCCCAAUAUUUUGGAGUUGUACAAUGUAAGUGUUUGUUUCCGGGGGCAAUGCGUUGAUGAAUUGUCGCCCCAGUUUUGUUCUAUUUCGGUGGUGAUUAUUUAA